CAGAACACGCACCCCAAACGGGAAUUUUUGGUGUCCGAAACCAAACGCAUCGGUGAGACGCGCUUCGCUUCGCUCCGCUCCGGACAAGAAACGCCGAUCCCGUUCGCAGCCUCGCAGCACCGAUGGCGGCCCCCGGUUCCGGCAGCUUCGGCUCGGGCGUUUCCGCCGCCGUGUUUGCACCCUUCCUGAUGGUCCUCGGGUUCAUGAUCUGGGACGACCACUGGACGAAGAAAGACGGGUCCGCCUUUUCCCUGAACAUGUUCAAGUGCAACCUCGCCGCCGCGUGGUUCCUGGUCGUGGUCGUGGCUACCCAUUGUGCCGGGGAAGAAAACAAAAACCCUUCGCUGCUGUUCUCCUCCCAAAACCCCCGCAACGGCACGCUGGCGGGUGGCGUUCUCGAGGCCAUCGGCGCGAAGAUCGACCCCUUCCGGAACGACGACRUCUGGUACUUGUACGCCUCCUCUGCCGUCGGAAUCCUGAUCGGAGACUGGACCUGGAUCGAGGGCCUGAAACACCUGGGGGCGCGAAGGGUCAUCGUCAUGGAUUCCCUCAAGCCCUUCCUGGCGUCCUUCGCGGGGUGGUUGUUCUUYGGCGAGACCUUCCGCGAUCCCAUCCUGGCAUCGAUCGGCCUGGUGCUYACGGUGGCCGGCGUCGCCCUCGUUGGAUUCGAGAUGGAAACCGAAAAAGAGCGGGAACACGACCCCGAAGACGGGGGACCGAUGGAUGCCRCGGCACAAACAACCGAGGACGGGGGGAGAAGGGCCGCCGCCCGGGCAUCGCAUCGCUACGGGAUCUUCGUGGCGAUGUCCAACGUGGUGCUACACACCAUGGGUGCCUCGCUGACCAAGAACUUUGGCGCCGGGAUGACCACGUGGGAAAUCAACCUCGUCCGGUUCGGGUUCUCGGGCCUCUGCAUGCUUGCGCUCUCGGUUUCGCUGGGGCUACGGGACCGCUUCGUGCGGAGCGCGGCGCGGGGSCCCCYGCUGCGGCACCGGGGAUUCCUGCGGUCGGACCCGGCAGCGCCUCCCCCGGGACCCGCCUACGGCUCCGUUCCGGCAGAGACCAAGGCCGUUGCGCCGCUCCGAUCCCCGGCACGCCCCCGGGCCGAUCGAGGAGCGCGCUGGUACGAGCUGCCGGAGCUGUCGCGGGACUCUUGGGUGCGGGUUUCCCUCGGGGUGGCCUUUGUGUCCUUUCUUUUCCCGUGAGUGGUUGUCUUUGUUCUCGAAAGGUCUCGCGCGCACCGUUCUCUGUUUGUCGUGUCCGGCCGCGAGCUCACCACGACCCUUUUUCAAAACACAGCGCGCUGACGAAUUACGCAAUGUUCCAGAUCCCGUUGGSGUUGUUGCUGACGCUGGAAUCCAUAGGACCCUUGUACUCGCUGCCUCUGACCCUGAUGAUGCACAAGGAAUGCCCAUCUUUUCGGGCUUCGAUUGGUGCCGUGUUUGCAGUUGCCGGAAUAGUGUUGCUGUUCUUGCAGGGAAGGGCUGACGAAUGAUCCCGCCAAGAAAACUAUCAACGCAUCCAACCUAUUCAGGACAUAAAGAACAGUACAUACAUGCUUGUGUACAAGGUCAUAUAAUUUCUUUCUCUUUCCGCAGAUAUGUUGCAAUUAUCGCCUCUUAUCGUUUCAUCUCUUUCCCGUCCCCUUCCUAACUAAUACGGCAUGAGACGUUUCUAAUUGUCUCACUCGGGAAAGAAAUUAGAUUUGGCAUUCACUAAGUGUAUUUCCACUAUGAUUCCACUAUGAUUACUUCAGUAUCGCGCUGCAUGAUACGUUGGUGCCAAAGAUGUGAUGAACCAAUUAAUGCGUCACGUGUUCAUCGCAAUCGCCGCUGCUCAAAAAUUAGAGGCCAACAAGUAGGUUCUUGCCAUUUCCAUCGAAUUCGAGGGACAAUCUAGUUCGACCCAGUAUGUUGGAAUCGUCAUUGCGCUUCAACAAAGACUGAUUUUCCAAUCUUUGGUUCUUGCGAAAAUGAACAAUAGCAACAGCAGCAACAGCAACAGUCACUAAAACGACCGCACCUGUGAUGCCCGCAAUCAGACCAGAUUUGCUCGUAUUCCCAUCCAUAGACACCAGUGGUAGCUCCGUCUCGACAACCAUGUCAUCUAUUUCGCCGUCAGCGACGGCAAAGAUCUCGCUUAUUCCAUCACUUUCCCAUUGGACUGUGUAAUACCCUCCGCUAUAAGAUUCAAUCGUUCCAUACCGCUUGGUCCCAUCAUCUGUCGUAACAGCUACAGUAGUUCCGAUUGCAUACACUGGCUCCCUGUCGCUGGCAUUGUCUCCCUCGUCUUCCUCGUCACCGUCCAUGUCGCUUGUGUAAGUGUCUUCUACGCCUGAGAUGAGCUCUUCUUCUUCGUAUUGCUCUUGCAUUAAUACUUCUUGUUCCACAUCUUGUACAAGCUUACUCUCUUCAAAAAGAAGUUCGUUGUUGACGUAAUCUGCUAAAGUUUCGGCACCGAUGGUUUCGGUCGUCAUGUCCGACCACAAAAUCGAGUAGGUAUUUGACGAAGGAUGAAAUUCUGAAACAUUUCCUUCGACCCAUUCAUGAAUCAGACCAGCAUCCUUUUCCUUGUACACAGGUGUAUCCAUCGGAUAAAGACCAACGAUUGGCGUAUCCUCAACUUGGGCAACAGUAAAACAUUUUAUGUAGA